AUUAUUGAAAUAGGGGAAAAAGAAAUUUACAUCUGGAUAACACUGCGAAACUGUUGCAUACCAGAGAGAGAAUCAAUAGCUGUUUCAUCACUUUCUGCUACAAUUCGUCCGCCAUUCCCAUCACCCUCAUCAUCCAAUUUCUCCGCCAUUGUUGUCAAGCCUGAGCUUUCUCUUCUCUCUUUGCCCUCUACUGCUUCACCGCUAAAAGCCCUAAAACCCUCUCGAUCAUCUACGAUUAGGGUUUUUGCUGCACCUGAAGUCUUGGAUUCCCUAGAAAUCCUAGAUGGUCCUGACUCUUCUACGCCUGAGGUUGGAGGAUUGGUGGAUUCUGGUUCGUCGCCGCUCAGUAUUGGGGCCGAUGCUGAGAAGAUGGCACCGAAGCAGAAAAUUAGGAUUAAACUUAGGUCAUAUUGGGUGCGACUGAUAGAGGAUACAUGCAAGCAUAUAGUGGAUGCUGCAAGGACUACCAAUGCAAAGACCAUGGGUCCUGUGCCGUUACCAAGCAAGAAGCGAAUUUAUUGUGUACUUAAAUCUCCACAUGUCCACAAAGAUGCCAGGUUCCAUUUUGAGAUCAGAACUCAUCAGCGCCUCAUUGCUAUUCUAUACCCGACUGCCCAAACAAUUGAUUCCUUGAUGCAGCUUGACCUUCCUGCCGGGGUUGAUGUGGAAGUCAAGCUCUGAGAAAGCAUUGCUUCAGCUUCAAUGAGCACUGUAUGUUCACACUUCUUAAUUUGAGAUAGGUUAGACACCCCCUCUUAGAACUGUAUAUGAGAAUUCCACCUCAUACAGCCCAAGCAGAAAAACACUCAAAUACUAGUUCCGAUGGAUAUGUAAUAGAAAGUUUGAAACUUCUUAAUCUUUGAUUCAAUCUUUUCUAUGGUGUAAGAAAAUUGUGAAAGCUCUUCUUUGUGGCAAUAAUGCCAAAUUAUCAAGUUGGUUCAGUUGUCUUUA